AGGGUCCCCGGGAACUACAUGAGCUGACAUUCACGCAGAACACCACUGCGAUGAUCAAGGAGUCUUGGAAAACAGCUGUUACGAAUUCCCAGGUAGUGCUUUAGUAUUCUUUUAUGUUCUGUUUUUCUCUCAGUCUCCACACAUUGGUAAGCAGUUGAGAGGCUCUGCCUUGGAGGAUAGUUACUUGGAUCACAGUGAUCUCUGUUGCUAAGUAAAGCCUUUUAACCAAAGUCUUGCCGGUUGUGAGGAGACCACUGACAGACAGCCAUGAAGGGAGACUCAGAGGAAAGCAUUGAGAGCAUCAGGCCCUCGAACCUGCAAGCCUUCGCCAACACCUCCACGCUGCAUGGCAUGAGCCACAUCUUCGCCUACGGGCACAUGACUUUCCGUCGCUUCCUGUGGACUCUGUCGUUCAUGGGCUCCUUGGGCAUACUGCUGCUGGUGUGCAUGGACCGCGUGCAGUACUACUUCGAGUACCCGCACGUCACCAAGCUGGACGAGGUGGCGGCCCCGAACCUCACCUUCCCCGCCGUCACCUUCUGCAACCUCAACGAGUUCCGCUUCUCCAGGAUCACCCGGAAUGACCUCUACCAUGUGGGCGAGCUGCUGGCGCUCCUCAACGAGAACUACCAGAUAGCCAACCCGCACCUGGCCGAACCCGAGGUGCUGGCGGCGCUCAAGGACAAGGCCAACUUUGCCAACUUCAAGCCCAAGCAGUUCAACAUGACUGACUUCUACAACCGCACAGGCCAUGACAUAAAUGAGAUGCUUCUACAGUGCACCUACCGGGGAGAGGAGUGUUUCGCUAUGAACUUCACCACUAUUUACACCAGGUACGGGAAGUGUUACACGUUCAACUCGGGCCUGGAUGGGAACCCGCUGCUCACCACUCUGAAAGGUGGAACAGGCAAUGGGCUGGAGGUCAUGCUGGACAUCCAGCAGGAUGAGUAUCUCCCCGUCUGGGGGGAAACAGAUGAGACCUCCUAUGAAGCAGGCAUCAAGGUUCAGAUCCACCACCAGGAAGAGCCCCCCUUCAUAGACCAGCUGGGAUUUGGUGUGCCCCCUGGCUUUCAAACUUUUGUGUCAUGUCAGCAGCAACUGCUCCAGUACCUCCCUCCGCCCUGGGGAGACUGCAAGUCAGACAGCUUCGACUCAGACUACUUCGACAUCUACAGCAUCACCGCCUGUCGCAUUGACUGUGAGACCCGAUACCUGCUGGAGAACUGCAACUGCAGGAUGGUUCACAUGCCAGGGACAUCCACUGUUUGCACUCCAGAACAGUACAAAGACUGUGCAGAUCCCGCCUUAGAUUUCCUUGUAGAAAAGGACAAUGACUACUGUGUGUGUGAAACGCCCUGCUCCAUGACUCGGUAUGGGAAGGAGUUGUCCAUGGUGAAAAUCCCCAGCAAAGCUUCAGCAAAGUAUCUUGCCAAGAAGUUUAACAAAACAGAACAAUACAUUGGGGACAACAUACUGGUCAUGGACAUCUUCUUUGAGGCUCUGAACUAUGAGAAGAUUGAACAAAAGAAAGCGUACGAGCUUGCUGGAUUAUUAGGCGACAUCGGUGGACAAAUGGGCCUGUUCAUCGGUGCCAGUGUUUUAACAAUAUUGGAAAUAUUCGACUACUUGUACGAGGUGUUUAAGGAUAAGGUAGUGGGUUAUUUCAUACGCAAGAAAAGACCGCAGCGCUGUCCAAGCGACAACUUGGAAUUUCCAGAGAACCCAACCAGCCCUGGUGUCACGCCCAAUCAUGCCCCAAGAGCACCUGUGACACACUCCGGAGUCACUCGGACAGUCUCGGAUUCUCGUCGAACAUGCUACCUCGUCACCCGACUGUAGGCAACUUCGAGGAGUUUGCCUGUUGACGACUCGAGCGGCAGGGCCGGGUGGGUUCAGGACAACUAGGGAUAGACAGUAUACUGUGAAGUCAUUCAUUCAAUAAACAAACAAACAAACAAACAAAAAAACAGAACUUGGUAGGCCUAAUUGAAAACCUCCAAUCACAUGACGAAUUUUUGAAUCCAACAUUCAAUAAAUGCCUGACAUAGAAAUUAUAUUUCACCCAUCAAGUCCAAAUGUGUGACACUUCUGAACCAAAACUCAGGUUUUACUGCCACCUAGGGGCACCAGUGUGACACGCCAUCAUGUCAUUGUGUUUGUAACCCUGCCACACUACAUUGUUUUAGUCGCUACGGCAGGUUGAAGACCCCAAUGAAGACAAAAUGUCAUCAGAGAAAAAAAAGAUUAGAUGAAUAGUUUUUCGAAGUCCUCCAUCAGUGUUGUUGUUAUUGUGACAAAAUUAGCCCAUCCUUGUGAAGAUGAAGGAGAGGUUGGAGAUGAGACCCAACUGAUUCCGUUUGGAAUGUUCCUCUGACUCAUUCUUAUCCUAUCAAUCAGACGCACAUGCAGCAGAUGUUCAGGUACAAACUUAAAGGAGGACAGAAGAUCAAUUUGGGCUGCUUAUAUGCUACUUAUAAGGUCUGAGGAAUUAAAGUGAUACCGGUACUCACAAUCUGUCUGCUUAGUAAAUAGUUGCCCAUUGCCUCGUUCAUUUUCGAAUUUUCUUUUUUUUAAGCUGUUGAAGCUUAUUGUCCUCAUGCCUCUUGCUCCCUUCAUGCAAGUUCGAUCUUUUGAUUAUGACAUUUAUGAAUCUGGCUGCCUUCUCAGGCCUAGGUCAUUCCAUUAUUAGAGUUCAUUUUUAUAAUGAAAAUGUCCAUGGCGGGUAUUGACAUUGUUCUUUUUUUUCUGCAGUAAAACAGAUGAAAUUUCUAUAACAGGAUUUAUAUAUAUAAAAUAUAUAUUGUACUAAGGACCAACACAAAAUGGCAGUAUGUUACAAUGUUCUAAAAAGUUGGUCAAGAAGCACCAAUUAAUUUCAAUUUAUUGACAUGAUGAAAAUCAAUUUUGCGAGUAUUAAUUCUAGUGAAAUCUCCUUAAUAAUACUGUGACAUAAUUUGCACAACUUUGCACUUUGCAAGGCAUUCAUAUUGGAGGCACUGACACAAAGUGGUCUCAUCUCAUAUCACAAAACAUACAGGUUUUGCACAACUACUACAAGUAGUAGGGUCAACAUCACGAGUAAACUUUUUCCCUCCUCCUCGAUUCACCCAGUGUAAAUUAAACCAUCUAUUACAAGCAUUUAUUCUGACUUGCACAACCUACUUUUUAAAUCCCCCUCAUUCCCACAAGCAACUGCAGACAUGUAAAGUAGACCACAAGUGUCUUCCAUUUGUCAUGGAGUCAGAAUCCUUUGACCAUUCACUGAGAAUAAGAGCUUUGUUUUAGAUGAGCAGGUCAUGACACACUAGCUUAGAGCAAGCCUAGGAAGUAGUGCCCAUCCUUACUAUAUUAUUUAUUGCAUUUAAGAGCACUGUAUUAUUGCAUUGUUAUAUACAACUGGAUUUCUAGUACAUGUAUCACUGAAAACAGUUAAGUCGUCGAGUGUAAAUGAAGCACUAUAAUAAACAUAUAUUUAACCAUCUUGCUAUGUACAUAUCUUUUUAUCUCUGCGUCAGUCUAAUUUAUGGCAGUAUAGCACUGCCACAGUUUGUCUAGCUUAUGCUGUAUUAAUCUUGAUGUAUUGCCACAUUUCUUGUUAAUCGAAGAUACACAUUAUAUGUUUCCAGUACUGACACUGUGCUCCUUCACGAGUGCUCUUUUAAAGAUUGUGAUGAUGUGGUUUAAACACCAUCUGUGUGGUUAACGCCUGGACUGUUUACCUUGUGCAUUAACUGUCAGCAGGGUGAUUGGCUCUUCAUAUGGUGAAUGAUCUCUUAUUGUGGCCAGUGUUUGUCAUAAUCUGAUUUGCUGUAAUUGCAGCCCUGAUACACCGUGAAGUGCUCUGGGGUGCAUUUCUCGAAAGUGUAGUUGUUAGCCAGUUAGCAACUUGGGUAGUUACCAAUGGGACACUGCAUUGCAAACAACCAAGUAGCUAACGUAGUUAGCCACUAUGGUUUCGGGAAACUCACCCCUGAUUUGUUCAGCUUUAUUCAAAGUGCAAGAGCAUCCAAUAUCAGUACAGUAUAACUUUCAGCUCUCAAUGUACUACAGCUGUAUGGCAACAGCACUGAUCUUUUUUUUUUUUUUUAUGUUUUUCUCAUUUUGAUUGGCACCCUUUGUAACAAUUGUAACAAUAUACUGAGGAAGCCAUUUGUAUACUGCAGUGUUACAUCUCCGAAUCCAGUUGGAUCAGACAAUAAUGGUUUUGGUUUAAGCAAUAGAAUGUGUUCUACACCUAAACUGUUAAAAAAAAAUAACCCCUAGAUUACAGUCUACUGCAAGAAAUAUGUCAUAACUGUUAACUUGAUAGUUAAUAUCUGGUAACAUACAGAGUAUAAACAAGAAAGGGUGAAGUACACAUAUUUGAGAGGUGCUGUAUUUAAUGAACACAUUUCAGAGAAGUUGAUAACUGAUUACUGAUAACUGAUUUUUGGGAUAUGCCAAUAUAAUAGUAUAUCUUGAUUUUUAAAUAUCAACCCUGCUUAAAUCUAAAUGGGGCACAUAUC